UAGACUUAAACAAGCCUAGUCAUCUAAAACCCCAGGGGGUUGUACCUGGACUGCUCCUUUUUUUUUCCCCGCGAUCUGUCGCCGUCGAAUGACAUGGCUUGUGCUAUGGGCGGAAAUGCCUAUCUCAAGUCUCAAAUUGAGGGUCCUGGAUUGCCUUGCUCAGUCACACCCGUUCGUGUCUUAUUUCAAUGGUCUCUUAUGCUUUUCUUACGGUUGCACUUUGGGCUGUCCUUCUCAAUAUGUUACGCUUCUUACGAGCAUAUUAGUCACCCUUCUCGAUAGAAUAAAUAGAUGUAGCUAACAGCACAAUCGAUUUAUCGCACCAGAUACUAUCACGUAAUAUCAUUGU